AUGCGUGGGGACGCUUCUUCAAGACUUCCCCUUGGCACAAUAAACGUUAUCUUUGCCACCCCAGGGAGGACUGGAUCUUGUCCUUCUAGGGUACUAUCGGUGUUCCGACCUCCGACCGAGGAUCAUUGCCAAGCGUCAAAGAGAGCCAGGGUGGAUGUCCCCCUGAUUUUCGGCUUUUCGGAUGAGGAUAAGGUUGGGACCAUACAACCCCAUGAUGAUGCUUUAGUGGUCACGCUGAGAAUUGGUGGGUACGAUAUAAAAAGGAUGAUGAUUGAUCAAGGUAGUGCUGUUGAUAUAAUGUACCUAGAUUUGUAUAAAGGGCUAGGUCUGAAGCCGGAGGACUUAGCAGCUUACAGUUCCCCUCUGGUGAGUUUUGAGGGAAGGAUGGUCGCUCCAAAAGGACAGAUCAAACUACCUGUGCAAACCGGUAUGGAUGUGGUGGAGGUGGACUUCAUUGUUGUAGACGUUUUCUCUCCAUACAUGGCUAUUUUGGGCAGACCAUGGCUUCAUACCCUGGGAGCAGUCUUAUCUACUCUACAUCAGAAAGUGAAGUACCCAUCUGGAGGCCAAGUAUUGGAGAUAGUAGGAAGCUAG